AUGAUUGCCAAUGCCUUGGCUAAUUUCGCCAAUUACAAAUUCUACGUCGGAUUUGUAUUUUCGCUUGUAGGGAGCGUGUUUUAUUUUCUAGGAUUGGCAAUAUUAAAAUAUGCACACAUGAAAAACAGCGAACAAGUGAUGGAAUAUAGAACACAUUAUUUAAAGGAUACAAGAUGGUGGACACUAUUUACAAUGUUUAUAUUUGGUUGGAUUUGCGAAAUGGUUUCUUUCGCAUUUGUCGAGUUAACACUAGUGGUUUCCGUGUUAUCGUUUGGAGUUUUUAUUGGAGUAUUUUAUACUGCUUGGUAUAUUGCAGAAAAGAUAACGAGGAGAGAUCAAAUAGGAGUUGCAAUCACCUCAAUUGGAAUUAUUAUUUCUGUUAUAUUUUCUGACAAGGUGUAUCAACCAUUGCAUCCAAUUACUAUCUCAUUCAUCUCUUCACAAAUAAUUGAUUUUAACAUUCCUAUCCUGUUUGUUAUUUUCCUUGUAGUAUUGCCAUUUAUUUUCAUUUUGUUGAGUGUUUUCCGACCCUUUAAGAAUGUUUUUUUUAGUACAUCCAUUUCAUCAUCAUUUGCUGCUUCUAAUUUUAUUCUUUUCAAAUUAUUUAUUGAGCUUGUGAAAACCUCUGCAGAAACAAAUGAAAAUCAAUUUGUGCACUGGGAAACUUAUUUAAUUUUGGGGCUAUCCAUUCUCUACACAAUAUUGCACACCCAUUUCACACAAGUAACUCUUGUUUCCUAUGAAUUUACUGUCUCAAAUGUGUUGUAUUACAUUAUCAUGUCCUUCUUAACUGUUUGUGGAGGUGAAUUAAUUUUCAGAGAAUGGUCUGGCACUUCUGUUUUACAGCUUAUACUUUUAUUCUUGGGAUGGUUUUUACAAUUUAUUGGAGUACUUUUAUUACUUGGAUCACACACCAAUGCCAACUCCAUGUAUCCACUCACACAGCUCAAUGAUCCAAGAGGUGGACACUUAGUAAGAGUCUCUGAUGUGGAUUUAGAUUUCGACUCAGAUUCAGACAAUGAAAAACCACAUUCCAAUCUUCAUGAAGAUGAAGAAGGACAGCAACAACAACUGGACUCAUCAACAACCAAACCAACAACGACGCCCAAACUUCAUGAAGAGAAGCCUCUCGAACAGCAAAACGAGAGUACAACUCUUAAUGAUUCACAACAACUAUUGGACUCUAAAUAA